AUGAGUAAUGAGAAUAUAUCCAAAGAUGGGAAUUCAAUACAAUCCGAUACGAGUUCAAACAAACAAUCAAAUCAAUUUAAUACAUUAUCAUCUAUAGAAAAACCAGAAUUUCUUGGAAGACCCAUAGUGAUCCCUUUGAAAUCAACUACAACUAUAGAUACUAACCCUGUACUAAGUAAUAUUACUGUUCCAAAUAAGAUUUUCUUGGAUAAUACCUCUCAAAAGAGUACAGCAGCCCCAACGACAAUUACAACUGCUACUGCAACAACAACAACAACAACAACAGCAACAACAGCACAAAACCAAAUAGAUAAUCUGAUUGAUCUACGAAAGAUUAGAGAAGAUGACAACAACAAUAAUAAUAAUAAUGGACCUGAAAAUCUAGUUAUUCCAAGAACAUUUUCACCUGCUAUGGCGGCACGUAUACCAUCGAUGAGAGAUUCAUCACCAAUAAUGCCAAUGGAACAACAAAAUAAACACAAAUCUUUGACUUUUACCUUAAAUAAUGAUAAAAAUUUGAAAAGAUCAAGUACGUAUGCAUCAAAAUCCACAGUUAAAGCUAUUCCAAUAGCGUCAAAUAAGAAAAAUAAUACUUUGAAUUAUUCAAUGAAUGAUGCAGAAUCUUCUAUAAGUAGGUCAUCAUCAAUGACAACAUCUUUGUCAAGAAGUUUCUUAUUCGGAUUCUAUAAUGAUAACAGGAAAUCAAAACAAGCAACGAAAAACGUUUUAUCUAAGGAAUACUGGAUGAAAGAUGAAAGUUCAAAGGAAUGUUUUACUUGCGGGAAACCAUUUAAUACAUUUAGAAGGAAACAUCAUUGUAGAAUUUGUGGCCAAAUAUUUUGCAGUUCUUGUACCCUUCAAAUACCUGCAGAGAAAUUUGGUUUCUCCGGAAAUAUGAGAGUUUGUCAUAAUUGUUUCGAGCAAGCUAAUAACUACGAAGACUCUAGUGAUGAGGAUGAAGAUAACAUUGUAGAUAUAUCUGGACAAGUAAUAGACCAUCAGCAUUCUUUAUUAAGAAACGAUAUCGAUAAUGAAUAUAACAACAUCAGCCGUUCUAUGACAUCCAUAAAUGAAGAACGUGAUGGUUCAGAACACCCAACUGAAUUAUCAACCAGUAGGAAACAGAGAGAGGUCUUAUUGUUGAAUAAUGAUGAUGUCCAAAGUAUAAUGACUUCGGGAGAAGAUUCUAAAUUAUUUGUAUCUACUCCACCACCACCACCAAAGAUGGCCAUCCCUGCUACAAGGCAGGGUGAAUCCCUAGAGAUAUCAUUUAAGAAUAACGUAGGGAGAAAUAAACAAGUGAUAUCCCCAAAUAACAAUGUAAAUGUAAACCAUGGGCUCCCUAACGUGAUGAAACUAGUUAGUCCAAGUAACCAUAACACCUACAAUCGAGAUACAUACACUUUAAGAGAUUUAAAUAUACUAAGAACACCUGCAUCUUCUCCAUUUAAGAAUGGAAAUAUAUCAAAUAAAGGGGAAGCAAGUUAUCAUCAACCUUAUCAUGUGAGAAAUAAACCAAGCACAAGUAGAUUAGGAAGAUCGAUAUUCAAUUAUGUAACAUCGGCUACAUCGGCUCCCCUGGAUGAGAAAUCUGUAACGACACUUCACGAUAAUGAGCAGAGACAAACUACAGAUCAUGCCAAAAAUAUCAUUGAAAAUUUGACCAAUAAAAAUUUUAAAUUUAAGUUCAAUUACGGUCAAAAUAAUAACAAUAAACAAUUAGACCAUGAAUUUGCAGAUCCUGACAAUCAAAACCCAGAAAUUAGAUUACCAUCCGAUGAAACGAGGGAAGAUGAGGGAACAAUGUCGAUAUAUUCCUCUUUGAAUGGCGCUGUACACUCAGACAAUCCUAUCAGAUCUACAAGAAAUUCAACCAGAUCAUUCCAAAGAGCACAAGCUUCUUUACAACGUAUGAGAAGCAGAAGGAAAAGUAAAAGUAAAAUAGGAACUGUUAAUGUCUAUAGAGAUAUUAAUUUGUUGACUCACAGUACUCCAAACUUAUUAUCAGUUGUGAGUGAUAAUGAUUCAUCUGAAUUUGCAUUAAGUAAGUUUCCAGAUAUUACUUCUGUAACUGAUGAAAAAAACGAUGAUGAAUCAUCUGAGACCGCUGAAGGUACCAAUUUGGAUCGUAUAUCCAAUAUGAAUCUCUCGGGAUUACAAUAUUCGAAACCCCAAACAACCCCAAAUUCGUUAUCUAAUUCUUUACUGAUUUCAUCAAAACAUAAUAGUGGAAAGUCUAAUACUUUUAAUCAGUGGAAAAGAUUAUCUAGUAUAUCAGGACUUAGAUAUCACCAAGGUAAUAAAAAUGCAUUAAAUGAAGUUGCUACAUUACACUUCAAAGAAUUACUAAUACAAGUGCUUAAUGAUCAGGAUAUAACAAAGACGGAUAAAUGGCUCGAUAUAUUGGAAAAUAUGGCCCUUGAAAAUAUUCAAAAUAUCACACUUAGUGCUAGGGACUCUAACACGUUGGAUUACAGACAGAAAUAUGUCAAAAUAAAAAGAAUCACAGGUGGUUCAAUUUCUGAUUCAGAGUACAUUGAUGGUAUCGUAUUUGCUAAAGCACUUCCAAUAAAAGGGAUGCCAAGAUAUGUCGAUAAUCCAAGAAUACUAUUGGUUAUGUUUCCUCUAGAAUAUCAAAGAAACGAAAAUCAAUUCUUAAGUAUAGAAUCUGUGUUUUCACAGGAGAAAGAAUACCUAAAUAAAUUGAUUUCAAGAAUAACUUCAUUAAAUCCAGAUAUUAUAUUUGCAGGUGCUAAUGUCAGUGGUUAUGCAUUGCAAUUACUCCAUAAUGCCGGUAUAGUUGUCCAAUUUAAUAUGAAACCCCAAGUCAUUGAAAGAAUAGCAAGACUAACAGAGGCUGACAUAGCUAUAUCCAUUGAUAAAUUGGCAUCUAAUGUCAAGAUGGGAGAAUGCUCAUCGUUCGAGGUCAAAACUUAUAUUUAUGGAAACAUUAGCAGAACAUAUACCUUCCUUCGCGGCUGUAAUUCAUCCCUAGGGGGGACAAUCUUAUUAAGAGGUGACAAUGCUGAUAACUUGAGAAAAAUUAAACACGUUGUCGAAUUUAUGGUGUAUGUCGAAUUUUCUUUAAAAUUAGAAAGUUCUUUUUUCAAUGAUAAUUUUAUUCAGUUGUCAACCGACUUUUAUUUGAAGCAAAAGAUUGAAAAAGAAACGACCAUAUGCACAGGAUAUUUUUCCGAUUUUUUAAUAAAACUAAACAAGAGAAUACUUACGGUAUCUCCAACCGUAGAAUUCCCCAUCCCUUUCCUUCUAACAAGGGCAAGAAAUAUCGAAAACGAUAUUCAAAAUAGAAUGCUAGAAUAUGAAAAACUUAACGACGAUGGUGCGAUGAAUGAUGUAAAUAAACUUACGGACUUAGAUAUAAAGUCUACUUUGACACUCACGGAUGUCAAAUAUAUUUCAAAAUUCAUUUUGGAAAAGGAUAUAAACGACUUAAAGUUACAAUUCCAAAGGAAAAGUCGUCAAUGGGAGGUAUCAUAUUCUUUAUCCAGUAAUCUUUUGGGUACAGGUUCACACCAGUCGAUUACUGUAUUAUAUUCCAUGGUUUCCACAAAAACAGCCACGCCAUGUAUUGACCCGCAGCUUGUUACUAUUGAUUAUUUUUGGGACACUGACAUCUCAAUUGGCCAAUUUAUAGAAAAUGUCGUUUCCACAGCUUGGUAUCCAUGUGAUGGUGGUUGUAAUGGACUUCUAUUUGAUCACUAUAGAAGUUAUGUUCAUGGCAGUGGGAAAGUUGACGUUCUUAUUGAAAAAUUUCAAACCAAACUCCCAAAACUGAAGAAUGUCAUUCUUACAUGGAGCUAUUGCAAAAAAUGUGGUACUUCUACACCUAUUCUUCAAUUGAGUGAAAAAACAUGGAAUUAUUCAUUUGGGAAAUACCUAGAGGUAAUGUUUUGGAGUAAAAAAGGAAGUCUAUCCGAUAUUGGAAAAUGUGAACAUGAUUUUACUAAGGACCAUGUGAAAUAUUUUGGUUAUAAUGAUUUAGUUGUAAGGAUGGAAUAUUCGGAUCUUGAACUAUAUGAAUUACUAACCCCUCCUCCAAAGAUAAAUUGGAAACCAAAAGUUGAUAUAAAGAUGAAAGUUGAACUAUACUAUCAAAUACUAGAUAAGAUAAAUAUGUUCUAUGAAAGUGUCACUAAUAGGCUAGAGAGAAUUAAACUGGACAGCUUGACAGACGAGAAAACCCAAUCAGGAGAAGAAAUUAUAAUAAAUUUGAAAGAAAAAUCAGAGACAGAGAAGAAAAUAUUAUUCGAUGACUUGGAAACAAUAUACAGAGAAACUCCAGGUGACUCACAUUUAAAAUUGAAUAGCAUAGUCAAAGAGUUAUAUGACAAUGCUUUGGCCUGGGAUUCUGAGUUCAACUAUUUUGGUAAGACAUUUUUACCGUCAGAGACAGAUAUUUCUCGUAUCACUACAAAUCAAUUAAAAAAAUUAUUCUCUGAUGAAAACAGCGAUAGGAAAAAUAGUAUUUCUUCGUUGGGGUCAUCCAACUUCAGAGAAUCCAAAAACAUUAUAGAUAGAGGAUCGGAGCAAGAACAUGAAAUGGAAGAGGAAGAAGGAAAAGAAAAACGAGAACAUCGUGAAGAUAAACCAAAUACAGUACUGGGGGACAAAAUAUCCCUGCCAAAACCAGAUUUUAGCACAACCUUCGCAAUUGAUACUGAUUCAGCAGAUACUCAAACAAUAGACAAUCAAACAACUCAUACUCUUUACAAGGCACAUAUGCCAUCACCAUUAGUCAAUCCAAAUAACACCAUAGAUGGUCGUUCUUAUUCUAACCCAUCCAAACAUAAUAAUGUUACAAAGUUAGCCAAUUUCUUCGACCAAAUGCAUUUGGAUGCAAUAUCUAAGGAAUUUGAGUUGCAACGAGAAUUACAGCGUAGGAAGUUGAAUAUGACCAAGUAUCUCGGUCUAAAACCACAAUCGAUAUCACCGAUAGUAGAAAUUUAUAAGGAUGUCAACGAUGCUGUCGAUGAACCUUUACAUGAUAUUACAAAGGAUAACCUUGCCGAUUAUUUCAUUAAUCACAAAAAUGGAAUCCAAUUGGGUGAUAGGUCAUCACCUACGCAGCAACUGAAUCAAAAUUUGGAGAACGAAUUAGAAAAUUCGAUAUCUCAAUGGGGUCAGCAUCUCUUAAAGAAAGAUGAUAUGUUAAAAGCAAAGGAUGGAGAUCAUGUAAUUGAGUUUGCGGACAAAGUGACUGAUAGUGCAACUGCUGAACCUUUACCUCCUGUUACGACUCCUACAAUUGUAGUCAAAGAUGAUUCUACGCCAGCUCCCGAAAAGAAUUUAUUAAUGAAAGCACUAACAAAUUUUUGGGCUGAUAGGUCAUCAUCCCUAUGGAAUCCAUUAUCAUACCCUACCUCUUCUACAGAACAUGUAUUUUCUGACAACAAUGUUAUUAUUCGUGAGGACGAACCAAGUUCACUUAUUGCAUUUUGCUUGAACACAAGAGAUUAUAGAACAAAAAUCAAUAAGAUGGAGAGUCAACAUAAACAGAAACUUGGUGAUGAUGCGGUUUUAGCAGAAUUGCAAACUAAUCACACGAAUGACGAAAAGGUUUUAGAGGCCCUUGGAAAGGAAGUAUCAGACAAAGAGUCUACCUCUAGAGUGACCACAGAUGGUUUAAUUACAACAAAUGGUGAGGAUAAUUCAAAUGAAAAUACCGCAACUCCUUCAACUAGCCAACCCUUAGAUAAUGAAUCAGAAACAUUAGAGUCAUUCAUGACUAAGAAAACAGCUGUUCAUUUGAGGUAUCAAUUUGAAGAUGAAUUGACUGUUAUGUCAUGUAAAAUUUUCUUUACGGAACAUUUUGAUGCGUUCAGAAGAAUAUGUAAUUGUGGGGAUAAUUUCAUUCAAAGUUUAUCAAGAUGUGUUAAAUGGGAUUCAAGUGGGGGUAAAAGUGGUAGUGGAUUUUUAAAGACCCUUGAUGAUAGAUUUGUGAUAAAGGAGUUAUCUCAUUCUGAAUUGGAUGCGUUUAUUAAAUUUGCUCCAAGCUAUUUUGAAUAUAUGGCUCAAGCGAUGUUCCAUGAUUUGCCGACCUCGUUGGCUAAAGUAUUUGGGUUCUAUCAAAUUCAAGUGAAAAAUUCUCUGUCUGGUGCAAAGAGUUAUAAAAUGGAUGUUAUUAUUAUGGAAAAUUUAUUCUAUGAAAAGAAAACAAGUAGAAUAUUUGAUCUUAAAGGGUCCAUGAGAAAUAGACACGUUGAACAGACGGGCAAAGAAAAUGAAGUUUUACUUGAUGAAAAUAUGGUUGAGUAUAUAUAUGAAUCACCCAUUCAUGUUCGAGAAUAUGAUAAAAAAUUAUUAAGAGCGUCUUUAUGGAAUGACACGCUAUUCUUAGCUAAGAUGAACGUCAUGGAUUAUUCUCUGGUGAUAGGGAUUGAUAAUGAUAAUUACACGUUGGUCGUAGGGAUCAUUGAUUUCAUUAGAACGUUCACGUGGGACAAAAAACUGGAGAGUUGGGUCAAGGAGAAAGGUUUAGUUGGUGUUGGAAGUAGUAGCAUUGUUAAACAGCCAACGGUGGUUACUCCAAGGCAAUAUAAGAACCGUUUUAGAGAGGCCAUGGAGAGAUAUAUUUUAAUGGUGCCUGAUCCAUGGUUUCAAGAGACAAAUUAA